UUACUCUUCAGUCCUCACUCACAAACAAACUCUUACUCUUAGUUUAAAUCGCCCAUAUUUAUUUAUAUAUAUCAUUCGCUUCAAUUAAACACUUAACGAACGACAACGAGAUGGAAGGAAUCGAACACAGAACAGUUGAAGCUAAUGGAAUCAAAAUCCAUAUCGCUGAGAAAGGAAAAGAAGGUCCUGUUGUUUUAUUCCUUCACGGUUUCCCUGAACUCUGGUACUCAUGGCGUCACCAGAUUGCGGCUCUAGGUUCACUCGGCUACAGAGCCGUGGCUCCAGAUCUACGUGGAUACGGUGACACCGAUGCUCCAGGUUCGGUAAACAGUUAUACGAUAUUUCACUUAGUCGGUGAUAUCGUUGGUGUAAUCGACGCGCUUGGUGUGGAUCAAGUAUUUCUUGUGGCUCAUGAUUGGGGUGCUAUCGUUGGUUGGUAUCUCUGUUUGUUUCGUCCUGAAAGAAUCAAAGCUUACGUUGCUUUGAGUGUUCCCUUUAUGCCUAGAAAUCCCAAAUUUAAAACUGUUGAUGCCAUGCGUGCUUUGUAUGGGGAUGAUUAUUAUAUCUGCAGAUUCCAGGAACCUGGGAAAGCAGAAGGUGAAUUUGCCAAAGUGGGGGCAGAACUGUUGCUUAAGGGCAUGCUGACAAGUCGUAGAACUGGGCCACCAAUCCUACCCAAAGAAGGAAUGGGUUCUAAUCUAGAUCCUUCAAGUCCACAUCCACUCCCUUCAUGGCUCUCCCAAGAAGAUCUGUCUUACUAUGCUUCUAAAUUUGAUAAAUCAGGAUUCACUGGUCCCCUUAACUACUAUAGAAAUCUCAACUUAAAUUGGGAGCUUACUGCAGCAUGGACCAGAGCAAAAGUGAAAGUACCUGUGAAAUUCAUCACAGGUGAUUUGGAUUUAGUUUACAAUUCGUUGGGUACUAAGCAAUAUAUUGAGAGUGGUGGUUUCAAGAGAGAUGUGCCAAAUUUGGAAGAAGUUGUUAUUCAAGAAGGUGUUGCUCACUUUAACAACCAAGAAGCUGCUGAGGAUAUCACCAAUCACAUUUAUGAAUUUAUCAAGAAGUUCUGAUUUUGUCACUUGUUGUUUUAGUUAAAUAUCAUCUUCUAAUAAAUAAUUACGCCACAAUUUGCAAACUCGUUGCUAUUAAGUGUUAUUUGUACUAAUCGUGAUUAUGUUGUUAAGGAAAUUUUUUCUUUGUUUGUAUUUGGAUCCUCUUCUUAAAUCUAAUGGUUCCUACCUCUACAGCGUUAUACUGUAGUUUUAGAGGAUUAGGGUUCGUUUUCGUUUUGCACUCUAGAUUGUAACUCUUGUGAUCUAAUGAACUUCAAAUUAUUUUGUUA